AUGGCGGAAGAGAUUGCAACGGAAAAGCCAAAAUGUGGAGGUGGCGGAUCCAACCCGGACGAUUACGACUUGCCUCUCCAUGUAGUCGCUCUUUUUCUUGUCUUAUUUUUCAGCAUUGCAGGAGCUGGCUUUCCGGUUGUUGCCAAGAGAGUCAGCUGGAUGAAGAUUCCCCCAAAGGUCUUCUUCGUGUGCAAACAUUUUGGGACAGGUGUUCUCAUUGCCACUGCCUUCGUUCAUCUCCUCCCAACCGCUUUCCAAUCCCUCAACGAUCCAUGUCUGCCAGAUCUUCUGACCGUUCAGUAUCCGGCGAUGCCUGGCGUUAUAAUGAUGGCCUCCUUGUUUUCCCUAUUCGUUAUCGAAAUGAUUCUCAAGUCUAAGACUGGUGGCCACUCCCACGGUGGUCCUACAGGCCAGGGCCUUGCUUCACAUGGGGCUCCGCCAGGUAUAUCUGCUCCGCCAGGUCCUUCUGAUCCACCUAUGUACCGAAACCGGUCGGACACGCGGGAAUAUGGAGACUAUCAAUACCCGGAUGAAAAAAGUGGCGCAUAUCCGAGGGACUACAAAGUGGAUGGCGAUUACGAACGUGAAACCUCCAAUGAUAUCAGGAUGUUUGGCCUCCCUUCGGAGAUGCCGCCAUGGUUCCAAGUCUUCUUCGCGCAGUACGUUCGCCAGCGAGAAGAACUUAAGGGUAUGAUCCAAGACUAUGCUCCUCGCUUUAUCGCCCCUGCUCCAGCGCAGCCAAAGUAUCCCGACCCGGAGCAUACAGCAUUAGCAGAGCCGGAAAUUGAUGAGGCCACAUUCAAGAAGAUGUCGCUUAAUAUUACUCUCCUGGAAGGUGGUAUCCUUUUCCAUAGUGUCUUCGUGGGCAUGACCGUCUCGAUCACCACCGAAGGAUUCAUCAUUCUCCUCAUCGCUAUCCUCUUCCAUCAGUUCUUCGAAGGCCUCGGGCUUGGAAGCCGUAUCGCCGCAGUGCCUUACCCGAAAGGUGCAGCACGACCAUGGGUUUUGGUGGUGGCAUUUGGAACAACGGCUCCAAUCGGGCAAGCAAUUGGUCUAAUGGCAAGGAAUUCCUAUGAUCCCCAAAGUGCCUUUGCUUUGAUCAUCGUGGGAGUAUUCAACGCUAUUUCGUCUGGACUUCUGAUUUUUGCUGCUACUGUCGACCUUCUAGCGGAAGAUUUCCUGUCCGAUGAAGCCCAGCUACUAAUGACCACGAAGAUGAAGACCUGGGCCUUUAUAUUUGUUUUGCUGGGGGCUGCGUGUAUGGCCACUGUCGGAGCAUUUGCUUAG